CAAGAACCCUGGUCUCCCACUCUACCCAUUGAUCAUGAUUACUGGAGUGGAUAGGAGUUGUAGUCCAGCAACAUCUGGAGGGCCAAAGGUUCCCCACACCUGAUUCACUUCAGCAUUUGAAGUGGAUGAAGUAUGCACAUAACUACCUAAAGAGUCCCACAUAUGCAUAAGGCCAAUAAGAUUAGAAUGUAUGAUUUCAGAACUACGUUAAAGGAAAAUAAUUACAGUGACAGCUUCCAAACCAUUUUGCUGGUGUGUAAUAAUGUCUACUCACAAACUAAGUUCUAUUGCCAAACUUUGAGCAGCAUGUUGAAAGCUAUGCUUAUAGUGCAUAAUCCUUAAAGGCAGUUUGGCUCCCUCACUCAAGAAUGUUGAAAAUCCAGCUUGGCAGCGCCUUUAUUUGGACUAUUCUAGAAGACAAAGUUAGAUUAGAUCCUAACUUACAAAUCAGGAAAAUUGAUUUCAUAAUGCUGCAAGCAGCAUUGAGCAACUGGAGCAAGGUUUAAAUAAAAUAUCAACUAUUUGAAUUAUUUUCCUCAGCUAGCCAAGUUUUCAAUAUGCAUAAUGAAGUUUACAUUGACGAAAUGGCCUUAAAACAUAAUUUGUCUUAGCACUGAGAUUUAUCCAGGUUUGGUUCAAUUCAUGUAUAUUAAAUGCCACCUCCUCGUUCAUUUUUCAAAUAAUAUUAGAACAGCUUCAGUGGGUCAGGCCAAGAACCAUCUAGAUUCAAUAAGUGUAGCCUUCCGACUGUGCCAGCUGGGUAAGAACAUUGGAAACUGCCUUAUAUCAAGUCAUACCAUUGGUUCAUCUUAGCGUCGCCUACUCUGACUGGCAGUUGCUCUCUAGGAUUUCAGGCAGGAGUCUUUACCAAUCCUACUUGCAGUUGCUGUGGAUUGAACCAGUGUUCUUCUGCAUGCAAAGAAAGUGCUUGGCUGAGCAACAGAUCUUCCCCAGUGCAUCUGAAUGCUUAGCUCCCAAUCAAAAUAUUGAUGCAGGCACCCCAAUUCUCUGAAUGGCCCUUCCAGAUAGGUUUAUCAGCACUGCUCAUGUCUGCAAGUCCCACCUCCAGCAUCCACAGGAUGUCACCAUCAUCAGAAUGCCAGCCCUAUCUUUUUCUUUUAUCUGGCUUUUGCCCCUUCAGCAGAUGAACCAAUAUGGCAACAGAGCCUGUUAAAUCUCUGCAGUCACUGCUGGUGUUGAAGUUUGUUAGUGCCUUCUUUUAGUGGGUGAGUAGUUUAUAAGGUGCCAAAUGCACACACAGGAAAAUCUGAUCUGACUGAUCCAUUUGCAAUAUAAAGUCCCCAUCCAGAAGCACACAAAGUAGAAUUGUAUGUGGUGUGAAAUCUUUCCCCUUCCUCUGUCCCGAACCUACAGCAAAUCAGCUUCAUUAAGGAGACUUAAGGGCGGAAAGAAAACAUUUUUAUUUCGUUCCAAUCACAUAAUGGAGGGUAGAAAAUAAUUCUACUUUAGGAGUGGUAUGAAGUCAUAAUGGGUGACCAGCUGCAGUAACAGAUACUUCUGACAUCACAGUGGAUUCCUUAGCAACGGUUGGAGCAUAAACACAUAAACAAUUGGUUUGUGAGCUCAAACUGCCUUUGGCUGGCUAAGCAAGGGUGGUAUUUGAUUAACUUUCCUGACAUCUGAGCUUUGAGGUAUCCAGAGCCUUGAUCCUGAACUCCCAACGAGCCCAGGAUCUUGAGCUGGAACCUCAGGCUUAAAACCUCCAGGGGCUUGGUUUCAAGUCCUUACCUCAAUUCCUUCCAGGCUUUCAUCUCAAUUUGCACCAUUUCAUCAGUACCCCACAGGCUGAUGUUACAGAGCUGGAAAACCAUCCAGUCCUGAGACAAAGAAAAGGCAGAACACUUGACAAAGAAGAAAUCGUGGGAGCCAAAGCAGGAUGGGAGACUGGAAAGCCUACAUCAAUACAGUCCUGAAGGACAAAAACAUUGAAGAUGUAGCGAUCGUGGGACAUUCUGACAACAAAUCUGUCUGGGCUUCAAAGCCAGGAGGCCUGCUGGCCGCCAUCUCUCCCCAGGAAGUAGGAAUAAUUAUUGGGCAGGACAGAAAGGCAUUCCUGCAGACUGGGAUCACCAUAGCAGGGAAGAAGUGCAGCGUAAUCCGAGACAACUUGUUAGUAGAGAAAGAUGCUGUGAUGGACACGAGAACCAAAGGUGGCGACAGCAGAUCCAUCUGUAUUGGGAAGGGUGCCAAAGCGCUCAUCUUUCUCAUGGGCAAAAAGGGAGUCCAUGGAGGGGCUCUGAAUAAGAAGGUGCAUGACUUGAUAGCGAACAUGAAAGCAAAAGGCAGCUAGAGCCAAGGAUUUGUCUGGGUCACCUUUCUCCUGACUGACGAAACGUGGGGAAACUAUUGCUGCUUUGAAAUAAAAGGCAUUUAGCAAACUCCAUCCUGUUUCCUUGAGUUGUGAGGAUGGGAAGGGCUAUAGCUUAGUAGUAGAGCCUUUGCCUUUCAUGUAGAAGGUUCCAGGUUCAAUCCCUAGCAUCUCCUGCUCUUCCUCUGGCUCACCUAUCUGACUGAUGCUAAGGGGGCUGCAGGUUCUAUCGUGGGGGGAAAGAUCAGUAUUGGCUUCAGGUUUUGAUGGGUCCUUCAGCAAGACACCUUCAGUGUGUCUGCCUGUAUACUCUGCUUCUCUCACUGUGGAGAUGGUGACUGCUGGAAUUGUGACUUGCUUCUGCACUGUAGACAAGUAUGAAUCCAGCAAAAGGCAGACCCUCGUAACACACAUUUCUUGCAGUAUUGAUGCCAGUGCAAGCAUGCAUGUGAAGUGCCAGGCAUAUAAACAGAAAUCCAUUGUUCAACCAAUCACUGCAAGUAGUUUUUU